GGGCUUUCAAUGUUAGUAUUUGUUUUCGUAGUUUGUUAUUUGCCUCGCAUAUUGUCAGAUCCUUGAUAAGUUCUUUCACGGAUCCACAAAACCACAAUGACUUAUCUGUGAGAACAUGGUUGAAAAGACUGAAGAUUUGAAGAACUCACUAACAAAUUUGGUUCAUGAUUUAGGGUACAUCCUGUCUGAUCGUUUACGACAAGUAGAUGGCGAUUUCGAUUUUGAACUGUCUCUCACUGCUCCAUCUGAUCUAGACACUCGACUCAUGUUGAUGCUUGACAGGAGUAUGAUGCCUGAGUCCAACACGGACGAUUCCACACGUGUUAAGAAUGCGUGGGUGACGUUUGCCGCAAUGGCCUCUGCAUACAUCUUCAAAAAUGUUGGUGAAUCGGUUUCCAAACCUCUUCGAAAAUGGCUGGCGAAUGCUGCCAGUGCUGCGAUUCUUGCAGGACUACUUGCAGAAGUUCCCGAGUCGUCGGAUUCAAAUGAACAAACCACUUCUGAUGGAGACGCGCCUGUCGAAAAUGUCUCCACACCUGACAGAGUAGUGGAGAAUCGUCAAGAUGGUGCGUGGUACUAUGGCCGUUGGACCGUUGACAAUGUUGCCAACAGUCGUGAAAUGAUGGAUGUGAUCGAUGUUGGAAUGACAGAUGCAUGUAUUCGAGUGAUGAUUGCUGCUGUUGUUAACUAUUUCCAGGAGAACAGAUUCGCACCGUGUGGGUUGUUGAGAGACAGUUAUGCAAGUGAGAUACUGAGAAGUGACCUAAUGGAUAAGCAUGGAUUAACAGACGAACGUGAUAAAAUUGAAGCGAUGCGUAUCACUGGUUAUUGGGUCUCGAGACUCUAUGUGUUUCAUAUGGCGACGAAGCAUCGUAAUCUGGAACAUACAAUCAGACCCAUAAAUAACGUUGGUCUGGUGCGUCCUCUGAAACUAGAUAUCUGUCAGUAUUUCGAGGACUUGACAGCUAGAUUUAUCCGUACACGAAUCGCGCAUCAGAUUGCCAGUCGAAUGGUCCGAUCUGUGUGUAUAGUGUUUUUCGAAGAUUUGAAUGAGUUGAUUGAGUUGCGGAGGCUGUACCGUCAAAUAUCCAGUGAUCCAUUUCAUUAUCACUCCGACUGUGAAUAUUUGACGAAUUCAUCUCGAUCAUCAGUCACUGACAAGAUAAGUAGUAUAUUUGGUCGAUUGGUCACCUAUUUGAGUGUUUUUGAACCGAAUAGUCAACUGUUUGACUAUCCACAGUUGAAGAUGAAUGGUAAAACUCGAGAACAACACUAUAGUGAUUACAGUAAGAAUUGGAAGAAGAUACUUGAGACGAUUUACACAGAGUUGUAUAUGCCAAGUGGAAGUCAUUUAUUGGAUGUACUUAGAAGUAGAUGCAAGAUUGCAGAAAAUAUUCCACGAGAUGAAGAUCGUUUGAGAGAUUGUUGGAAUGAAUAUGGUGUUGAGUCAAAUAUUUCGGAUUUUAUUUACCGAUACUCACUUAAUCGUUAGAUAAUAUGUUUGUUCAUUGACAACUCGAGAUUAAAACUUUUGUUAUUAAUAAAUUGCCAUACUAUUUUUUACAUCCAUAAAAUUUGUUUUUUC